GAAACUGCCAGUUCAGUUGGGCGUUCCAUAUUGGAAGCAACAUCCUCUGUGUAAUAGCAGCAAUGACAGUGUGAAGUGCAAAAAACUGUUAAAAGUCAGCAGGAUUGAUUGAUUAUCAUAAAGCAGAACUAGUAAUCUAUAGUGGAAUAAACCAAAAUGGCGCGGACAAUCAGUGCGGAAGUGAUAGUACUCAUUGGACUUUGUGUUUUAAAUGUAGUUACCGGCCAAUCAGUUGACAGAAUAUGCGCUACCACCAAAUUCUCCGAACAGUGCCUACAACUACAGAGGGGUAAUCCGGAAGUGGUGUGUGUCACAGUUCAAGACAGUAUCGAAUGUGCACAACGGAUUCGUAAUGGCACGGCCGACAUGGGUGUAUUCAGUGCUGAAAGCAUGCUCCAAUUGGCUGCGCUCGGAUGGGAUGGCUUGACCGUUGUGAAGGAACUUCGCCACAACGAUCGAACUCGAGAAGUUGUGGACUUCCGCUCGGUGGUCGUUGUGUCCGCUCAGCAUCAAGGAGGACUGGAGGGACUACGUAAUAAAAAGUUCUGCCAUCCUGGGCUACACUACGGGCGGCAGCAACGAUGGAGCGAGAGAUUCCUGAAGUACUUUGAACGAUUGGUUGCACCGGCUUACUGUGCGGAUCUGGAUAAUGCGGCGGAAAUAGAAACGGCCGGCUUGUCUAACUUCUUCCAGUCGGCUUGUCGACCCGGAAAGUGGUCCAACGUCCCCCAAGAUGAUGCCAACUUGAAAUCAAAAUACUCGAAUCUCUGCGAAUUGUGUCAAAAUUCCAACGAAUGCACAUACGACACAUCCACUACAUCCAACCAUCGGGCUGCUCUGAACUGCCUCCGAUCCGGAGGAGAUGUCACCUAUGUAUCUCAGCAGGACGCCAUCGAAUUUUUCGAUGCCAACAGCGACAUAAUCAACAGCUACGGCUUUUUGUGCCCCAAUGGAACGAUUGAGGCCAUCAUCGGAAACAAUAGCCCAUGCUCAUGGUUGACACAACCAUGGCCGGUAAUCAUAUCGACGGCCAGUCGUGCUGUCGAAAUUUCCUCCCGCAUUGACCGUUGGCUCCGACCGCCAUCAACCUCCAACUGGGAACAAGCUAUCCAGGAAAUUAUUACCCAAGACAGUCGCACUGCUGUUUCCGUCGGAUCCAUUCAAGCUCCGGUCGAUUAUCUGCGCCCAUACCGUCAGCUGCCGAUUCCGUCGGACCUGUGCCAAACUACGGCCCGGUGGUGUACAACUUCCCCGGAAGAGAAGGACAAAUGCGACGUUGUGAGGACAGCUGCCCUGACGAGUGGAAUUUUUCCGACCAUCGAAUGUAUCGAUCCUACUACCAGCCGGAUGUCCUGUUUGAACGAAAUCGCUAACAACCGCGCGGAUUUCACCGGAAUUGAUUCAAAUUUUGGUUAUCUUGCUAGACACCCUUUCAACCUAACGGCAGCAAUGUUCCAGGAAACGGAGAAAGAGAAGUACUCAUCUGUUGUGGUGUUGGUGCGGGCUGAAAGUCGUUUCACUCGGUUCGAAAAUCUACGAAAUGCCAAAGCCUGCAUUCCGGAGUUCGGCGGAAUCGCAUCGAUUGCCUUCAUCAAUGUGGGUAAAAACCGUGGCAUCUUCGGUCAACAUGAAUGCGACUACGGGCGUCUGUUGGGAGAGUUCUUCGGUGAAUCAUGCGCCCCCGGCUCUCGCGACAGUUUGCACGAUCCUAACGGUGAGAAUCCUGAAUCGCUUUGCUCGCUGUGCCAAGUUCCGGUUCGGCCUGUACCAGUUGCAUCCAAAACUAUCGAAGAGGGUGAGGACUCUACCGCCUUGCCAGAUGAUCUGGAAGAUCAACCAUCGGAGAUUGAGGGCAAGAUGGACGUAGAAGUGACUGUUGAACGGAAUGUUGAUUGCGCUGCUAACGAACACAACCCAUUCUACGGAACACGUGGUGCACUGAACUGUCUCGUUACACAGGGCGAAGUAGCUAUUAUAGAGGUUCAAAACUUAGCCGAGCACGCCCGAGCACUAAAUAUUACUCCCAAUGACUACCGAGUUUUAUGCAGGAAUGGAUCGUUGGCUGCUUACACUGGGUUCCAGGUUGACGAAGAUUGCUACCUUACGACGAUUGUCGACGGCGAAAUUGUGGUGCGGCGUCAGUCAUCCAAGACUACAGGCAUCAUCAACGCUCUGAGCUCGCUGGAUAUAUAUUUGCAGAAUGAUCCGGACUUCAGAAUGUACAACAUCUAUGGGGGACUAAAGAAUCUCCUGUUUGAGGAUUCCGCGCUGGGACUGGUCUCUCCACAACACGCCGAGUUGGGCCACGCAGUUCAGAGCUACAUCAGACUGUUCGAGAACGUCGAAGAUUGUACAAACGCAGGCAUCAGCACCACAACCGUUGAUCCGAAUAAGGGUGCUAUUUUAACCAUUAAUAUUUUCAUGGCACUAGCUAUCGCUGUCUAUAGCAUCAUUCGAGGUUAAGUCAGAAAAAUGAGGACUCAAGGCGGUUCUUUCGCAAAUUUUCACAAAGCAUUUUUUAAAUUCAUUUAGUUGUACAUUUCUAUUUUUUUUCAACAUAAGCGCGAAUAAAUUUAAAUACGUCCCUA